GACUUGACGGAAACUCUUCUGUAUUCCUGCGCAUAAGCGGACAGACAUCGCUAGGCGAGAGACAUGAUGUAUGUCGAGGCUGCAGGUUGCUUGCUUCUGAUAGCUGUGUUUGUAUCAGCACAGGAGGAAACCGAGCCGGAGUUAGCUCCCCUAGAUGGCUGGUACAACAAUCUGCUCCACCCGGACUGGGGUGCCGUGGAUACUAUUCUGUUGCGCAAGAGUCCCACUGCCUACGCCGACGGAGUCUACCACAUGGCUGGUCCAACCCGACCAAACCCUUUUGAAAUUAGUAAGGUGGCCCACAGAGGCAUCAUGGGAUUGGGAUCAGAGAGAGGUCGGACAGCCUUGAUGACAUAUUAUGGGCAACAAGUAGUGGAGGAAAUGUUGGAUGUCCAGAGACCAGGGUGUCCAAGGGAAUAUGAAAAUAUUGUUGUCCCUGACAAUGAUCCUCUGUACACGCCUGGAAUCCAGAUGCCUUUUACUCGUUCAAGGUUUGAUGCCAGAACUGGGCAGUCACCAAGCAACCCACGACAACAGCUUAAUGAGAUUACUCCUUACUUGGAUGGUCAGCUGAUGUAUGGUCCAGCUAAGGCCUGGACAGAUGCUAUUCGUGCAUUUGAGGGAGGUCGACUGAAGGCUCUGGAUGGCAAAUACACUCCAAUAAAGGAGAGCUUCCCUGCCAUAAAUGACAUUCGACUCCCAUUUGCUAAUCCACCAAAUCCAAGAGAGCAAACCAGAGAAGAACGUCUGCAGCCUGUUGCAAGAUUCUGGCGUUUGGGGAAUCCUAGAGGUUUUGAGAACCCUUUCCUGCUGUCUUUCGGUGUGAUGUGGUUUCGUCUUCACAACUUCUGGGCAGACAUGAUCAGCCAGGAACAUCCUGACUACACAGAUGAGGCUUUGUUCACUGAGGCAAGGAAGUGGGUUGUGGCCAUGCAUCAGAAAAUCACCGUGUAUGACUGGCUACCUAGAUGGUUGGAGAUACUAGACAAUGGAUCAAUUUAUAAUAUCAGUGAUACAGUAUCAACGCCAGAGAGACCAACAUGCCCUUAUAAAGGUUAUAAUCCCAACAUCCAUCCUGGUAUCACACACGAGUUUCAGUCGUCGGCCAUGAGAUACGGACACACACUUGUCACUCCUGGUUUGUGGCGUCGGGGUACACCUCAAGGGCCUGUUAACCAACUGAGGGGUGACGAUGCCCUCGACAACUGUAACUGGACACGUACCUCUCUCAAGGUUCCCGGUCAGGUUGGAGAUCAAGUCCAUGCCUUCCGUCUGUGUAAUUCUUACUGGAACUCCCAGGAAUCGGUCGUAGAGGAUGUGGACUCAUUGUUUCGUGGAAUGGCAUCCACCCUUGGAGAGCGAGAAGAUCAUAUCAUGGUGGCUGAUCUUGCAGGUGAUGUGUUUGGGCCCCUUGAGUUUUCCCGGCGUGACCUUGCAGCAUUGAACAUCCAGAGAGGUCGUGACCAUGGUCUCCCUGACUACCAGGCAGUUAGAGAGGCCUUCGAUCUGCCCAGGCUGAAAAGCUGGGAAGACAUCAAUCCUACUUUCCCUGCAAAUGUUCCUGCAUCAACUGUCGAAGCUAUAGCUAAGCUACAGCAGCUGUACAUUGAUAAGGGACUGAAUGGAACUACUCCUGAGGACGUGGACCUGUUCACUGGAGGCCUCAUGGAGACCACAUUUGAUGGGCCAGGGCCUCUCUUCCGUGCCAUCCUUGUCGACCAAUUCUGUCGUGUUAGGGAUGGGGAUCGGUUUUGGUACGAAAACUUGGAUAAUGGAUUGUUUUCCCAGGCGGAUAUUGACAGAAUCAAUAGUUUUACAAUAUUUGACAUCAUUAAGAAUGUCACCAAUGUGGAUGAGAACCAGAUCCAGACUGACCCCUUUAUACAUAAAACCAAUGACAUCUGCCCUCAGCCUCAGCAACUGAACAUCUCUACCACUAUAAACCUGAAUGGACAGUCGUCACUCAUCUUAGAGGAUUGUACAGGUUUUCAGACCUACGACUACUUCUUCAACAGUGAAUACUCAUUUGCUCUCACAUUUUUAGCAGUGGGUCUUUGUAUACCAGCAACUGUUGGCAUAAUGAUCCUGCUGGCAAAGCGCAGGAUAAAAUCAAUGACAUUGAGGAAAAAGAAAGUCGCAAAGAAAUUUAAGGGUACUGAACCAAACGUAUUUGAUGUUUUGGAGUGGGUUGGACACAAGGAAGGAGAACGAAACAUCAAAGUCCGGUUUGAUAGCCAGCGACGUAAGAUACAUGUCAGUGAUAGGCGAGGCAAACCACUGCGUAUGAUUGACUUACGGCAGCGUGGGGAACACCAGAUUCGGCCAAUCUAUGUAUGGCUGGAAGAUGAUCACUCUCUCAGCAUGUGUUCUGUACGCGCCGAGGGCGAGAUUGACCUGAUUCUACAGUUUGCUGACAUGGAAGACAUGGCAGAGUUUGUUCAGAAGCUGGAGACUUUCCUUAACUCCAUCAACGUUGAAAUGAACCAGACCCGCAUGAGACACGACAUCAUAAUCAACAAUGCUCAGACCAAAGACAAACGACAGAAACUCCUGGAUCAAUUCUUCCGAAUCGUGUCACUUCAGGCAUUCAAGGGGACUGCAGAAGAGAUGGCGAUGGAACCCUUGGACCAGGACACUGCCAAACAGCUGGCUGAUAUCAAACUGACACGUACAGAAUUCGCAGAGGCCUUUGGUCUGAAACCAACCUCGAUGUUUGUCCGCAACAUGUUCCUCCUGGUGGAUUCUGAUAAAUCUGGAUUUGUAAACUUCAGAGAAUUUUUGGACUUCUUCGUUGUUUUGUCUUCACAGGACUCCGACAGUAAAGUGCAGCUUAUCUUCAACAUGUAUGACAUUGGACAGAAGGGUGUGCUCUCCAAGUCAGACUUCUCUAAGAUGAUCAUGUCUCUACUAGACCUGUCAGAUUCCAGCUUGGACAAGAGUAAGGUCACAGAUCUCAUCUCCUCUAUGUACCGUGUCGCUAACGUGAGAGAGGGAUCCGAAAUGACAUUUACAGACUUCAAAAAGAUCUUUGAAGAUGAGGAAUAUGCCAAGACACUAGCUAAUGCUACACUGGAUCUAGAUGGAAUGUCUCAUGAAGUUCAAACGCAUGAUCCAAGGAAGAAGCACGAUUCCACCCUCCAGUCAAGGAGCAAGACUCUAAUGAGGAAUUACGACAAAGGGGGAAAGUCAAAGGGGCUGUCAAAUCGUAAGAGAGGAACAUCAGUCAGAGUGACAACAACAAAGAUCAUAUUUCCAAAAACAAAGACCGGCCAGCUGUGGUUCCAGUUUACGUCAUGGGUGGCCACCUACCAACUAGUCAUCUUCUGGACAGUUCUCUACACACUCACCCUCGUGGGCAUCUUCGCGGAACGUGCUUUCUACUAUUCUGUUGAGCGUGAACAUGCAGGACUGCGCCGUAUCGCUGGAUAUGGUGUGACGAUAACUCGAGGAGCUGCCAGUGCUAUGAUGUUUACAUACUGUCCACUACUCAUCACUAUGAGUCGCAACUUGAUCACAUUCUUCCGGGAAACUUCUCUGCAUCGCUUCUUCCCCUGGGAUUCGAUGCACUUCCUGCACAAGUAUAUUGCAUUCUGGGCUCUCUUUUUCACAAUGGUCCAUGUCGUUGGUCACAGUAUCAAUCUGUACCACAUCUCCACGCAGUCCUCGGGGGACCUCAACUGUAUAUUCCGUGAAUACUUCAGAGCGCAAGACGUGCUAGCAUCUUUUCACUACUGGGCAUACACAACUAUCACAGGACUCACAGGAAUCAUUUUAACCUUGAUAGUCAUCAUCAUGUAUGUCUUUGCAAUGCCAUACGCUCGUCGCUACGUAUUCAACGCUUUCUGGACGACCCACAAGUUCUACGUACUGCUGUACAUCUUCAAUAUCAUGCAUGGCUCUGGGCGUCUUGUCCAACCACCCCUGUUCUGGCUGUACUUCCUCCCUUGUCUCUUCAUUUUCAUCCUCGAUAAAAUGAUCAGUGUUAGUCGCAACAAGAUCCAGAUUGCUGUUGUCUCUGCAGACCUCUUACCCUCAGAUGUGACAGCUCUAGUUUUCAAACGACCUGCAAGUUUUGAGUACAAGUCAGGUCAAUGGGUUCGGAUUGCCAGCCUCGACCUGGGUAAGAGUGAGUACCAUCCUUUCACUUUGACCUCUGCCCCCCAUGAGGAACAUCUCAGUCUGCAUAUUCGCGCUGUGGGACCCUGGACCACCAACAUUCGUGAACUCUAUGACCCUGACCGACUGGAAUACAAGAAGUACAAGCUUCCCAAGCUAUUCCUUGACGGCCCCUAUGGGGAGGGACAUCAGGAUUGGUAUCGGUUUCCGGUGGCCAUCUUAGUUGGUGGUGGAAUCGGGGUCACACCCUUUGCUUCCAUCUUGAAAGACAUUGUCCAUAAGUCAAAAAUUGAUGACUUUAGAUUUCCAUGCAAAAAGGUGUAUUUCCUGUGGGUGACCCGUACCCAGAAACAGUUUGAAUGGAUGACAGAUAUCAUCCGGGAAGUUGAAAACAACGACUUGAAAAGCUUCGUCGAUGUUCACAUCUUUAUUACACAGUUCAAGGAGAAGUUUGAUUUCAGGACUACUAUGUUGUACAUCUGCGAGCGACAUUUCCAGAAAGUGGCCGGGAAGAGUUUAUUCACUGGUCUGAGUGCCACCACCCAUUUUGGCAGACCACAGUUUCAAGACAUCCUUAGGUCUAUAGGCACUGAACACCCUAAGGUUAAUCGUGUUGGGGUGUUCAGCUGUGGUCCACCACCAAUGACCAACACACUGGACAAGACCUGCUCCGACCUCAACAAAAUACAGGGUACCAUAUUCAAACACCACUUUGAGAACUUUUAGAGGGAAAGAAAUACAGUGCGACCUACAUAUGAGACCACUUCUUCUGCCAACAGACAAAGAUUUCUAAUAUGGAACAUGUCCAGGAGAAUACCUCUCCUACUGAUUAAAAUGAUACUUUUUCAGCCUGUUUGGAAGAAAAUUUCAUGUUGAAUAAAUGGUCUGAGGAACAAGAGAAGAAUCUAAUCAAGUGGUGAUAUUAGACAUAUUUCAAAGGGUAAUCUUUUGUGUGGUCACAUAGUACGGGAGAUGAAUCACAACAGUGAAAUUUUCAGUAUGGUUAUGUUACUGUCCUAAAAGAGGUGGUCAAUCCGGGCGAGUUCUGUUUUAUUAGAAAGUCCAAGUAUUCAGAUAUUUAAAUAGAAAUUCAUUUUAAAGAGUUUGAGUUUUGCAUUUAGAGCAAGACCAUAUCCUAUUCACUGAUUGAAUAUGUCUAUUUAGACAUUAGAUAAAAUCACAACAUUUAGAUCUUAAUCUUUUACUCUGAUUAAUGUACAUCAAAAAAUUAAUUAUAUCUCGCAUAAAAAGUAGAACUAUUUCAUGAUAACAAAUACAAGCAUGCAUCAGCAAAAUUUAAAACCCCUCUAUUUUAACAGCCACUGAAUAUUACACUUACAAAUUAAAAACAAAAUUGUACUAUGCUUAAUGUUAAAAUGAUAAUUAUACAAUUUUAUAUGUAAACUGAUGAAAACAAAAGGGAUUCUUGGAAAGUCUGAUCCUUAUGUAAACAUGUUUCAAAAUGAUUUGAAUUUAACCUUACUUUGUAGUUGGGGUUCAUGAAAGUUGGUAAAACAGAGAUCCUGGACUCAUAAUUGGCUUGUAACUUCAGAAAUUCUGAAAUAUUGUACUCACUUAGAAUUUAAAAGUAUAGCCAUAUGUGGGACAAAUAUAAAUUUUAUUUUUUGACUUGACUAAAAGAAAUUAUCCCAAAGUACUUGAUGUAUAAAAAUUGUAGUUUUAUUUAAGAUAAUGCAGAUAGCUAUAGUUGCUUAUAGGAUUUUGUUGUAUCAAGGUUUGUAACCCUAGUGACAUAAUACGAUAAAGUUUGAAUUAAUUAAUGUUAUGUAUAUAUAUACUUAUAUUUCUACAAACACUUAAAACUUGACUUGUAUGUCAUCAAGUUAAUGAAUUUAUACAUAACUGGACUUACUAGAGAGGUUUAGCAACCUUUCAGGUAAAGAUACAUGUAAGCUACACAUCCAUUUACACUUACAAAACUAAACUCCAUGAAAACAUGUCGGUUCACGUGUACUUGUAACAUGCAUGCGUACAGUAUAACAUGGUGUCUAAUUCCAUCCAUUCUUUUGACAAAUGCAAUUUAACAAAGCCAAUGGCAAAAUGCAUAACAAAAUAUGUUAUACUGUAACGCUAUACUGUAAGUAUGUUGGGGCCUCGUUUCAAAUGCAAUAGAAAUUUGGGUGGUUGGGUGGCAUAGUGGAUAACAUACUCACCUUUCCCUAAGGCGGCCGAGAUUUGAUUCCCCAAUCGGACUUGAAAAUUUAUAAGUUCAUUUAGAUAUUUCAAAUGCAACAUUCGCAUGUAAAUAUUAGUCGAAUGUUGGCCAUUUAUAGUUUUGAAGAAGACAUGCCAUCAUAACGUUUUAUAUCAGUAAUGGUUUCAUUCAUAAGUUUUGGGAUUUAAAAAUAAUAUUUUACACAUGAGUACUUAAUUACUUGUAUGUCGCCAACCAACUUGUAUGUCUGGAAAAAGCCUUGAAGUUAUGUACACUUGUAUAAAGGGAGUUCCCCCUACAUUUACACGUACAAGUUCAUGUAAGGUUGCUAAACCUCUCUAUUUUGAAUAUGAAAAGUGCUCAUUAAAAGAGAAACUGUGAUUGAAUAAUAGGAUUUACAGCUUCUCCAAGUCAUGCAAGAAUUGAUGGUUGAUCAAUCUAGUGGACUCCUUUUAAAUAUAUAUUUUUGUGCCAGAAAAAUUGUAAUAAUAGGAGUAUUAAAUUAACUGAAAUGUUACCAUAUCAAAAAUUUACUAUUAAAUAGACUUCUAUAUUUGGUACUGUGUAAUUCUGAUAAGGUAGAAACAGUAAGGAUAUAAUAUUAAUGUAUACAAUUAUCAAACAUGAUUUUUUUGUACAAGUAAUCUUCAAUUGCAACUCAUUUUGUUUGCGAUACAAAAUAUGAUUGAAUUUUAUCAUUUUUUUUUACAUUAACAGAAAUUUUGCCUGCCAUUUCCAAAUUUAAAUCAUAAUUUGUGUACAUUGUAACUAAAAUAUCAAUCAAAGAAAGAUACAUAUUUUUAAAACUUAACAGUAAUACACCAUGAACAGGAACUACCUGGUACAUUAGAUGGAAUCCACUGUACAUAAUGAUUUCUAGUAAGCAAGCUGCAUGUAUCCAUUAAAUUGUAACAUUGUUAAUUGUAAACUUAAUUAAAUUUAAAUUGGACCUGUAUGUAUUCAAUAUCUUAUAUAGUUGAGUAAUUGUUUGAUUCUGUACAUUAUCUUUAAAACUUUGGCAUUAUAUGUAAUGAGUGUAGUUCACGUGUGUUUGAUCUAGUCCCUUUAUAAUUAUGAGUACAUGCACUUUUGGAUGUUAUUUAAUUUAAAAAUGUUUCUGAAGUGAUUAUUCCUUAUUGAAAUUGCUAAAAAAGAAGUAUAUAGCAUUAUACAUUUAGUCUAUUGUUUGAGAAAGAGACUUAAAUCAUUUCUAUAAAGUAAAGAUUAGCAAAAAUAUAUUCUACGCUUUCUUCACCCAAACCUGUAAUGUUUUCUUGAAAUGUUUGGUUCUCCAAAAUUGGCCUCAGAAAUCACCUUAAUACUGUAAUCAGUUCAUGUAUUUUGUCAGAAAAUUCAAGCCAACCUAGGUCUGUAACCAUACUUCAUUGGGUGCCUAUGCAUAAAUGCAUACCCUUUCCAUGGUUCUCAAGGAUCCAAUAUAACACUUAAUCUCUUUGCAAUUAGCCAUUGUGAAGUCCAUGCCAGUGUAUCUCAUUAUAUAUACCAAUGAUUUUUUUUUAAUAGAAUUUAUGUAAUUGAUUUUUUGUAUUGGGUCUUCACAGGAUGAUCUAUGUUGAGAUGAAAUUCCACUGCAGUAUUUACAUAUAACUACAUUUCUUUUUAUGCAAAAUAAAUUCUGAUUUAUAUACUU